AUAUGUGUUUCAUCCAUAACCAAAGUGGCCACAAAAACGUUUACGAUUUACGAAAAAGUUCUUAAAAUCGAUAUAAAAAAAAUUCACGAAGAAUCUUAUGCUGUUCGCUGGGUGGCGUCGUUAUUCUAUUUGUGAAUCAAACAGUCCGGUAUAGGACGUGCAUUAGAACAGUCUAAAAUCGCAAUAUUCGCACACAUUGUCCAAAAACUCUGUAAACGAAGUGAUAAAAUUGAAUUUAAAGGAUACCCAAGUGUAACCGGCAACAAUACUAUCAAUAUGCGUUUCAUGUGGUGUAUACUGAUGGGAGUGCUUGCAUUAGCAACAAAAAUUUAUGGAAACGAUUGUCCCGAGGCCACUCUUCGUAGAGUGCAACAGAAUGAGUGGGUACGUUGUAACGAAGAAAAUGAACGAAAAAUGGUAGAGUUAAAGCGAAAAACAUCAUUGGAUAGGGAUGAACAAGUCAGACAAGCGUGCUGCAUAUUGUCUGACACAACGACUUGUUGGGUGGAUACUUUACGUUCAGAAUGUGGAGAUGCAAGUGCAAAUGAGCUGAUAAGAACUGCGAAAUUUAAAGGCGAUUGUGCCUCUUGGACAUAUCCGGAUUCAAUUUCACAGUGUCACUCAUGGUAUACAAAGUGGUGGUUCAUAACGAUAGUAGCAAUUUUAGCAAUUGUCAUUAUUGCGGCUGUUGUUUUUGUGGUUUUGAGGAAGCGUGCUCGCAGUACCCGUUAAAACAAUCUGUGACUGUAACAGACCCAAUAAGUCCAUAGAAGUCGCAGAUAUGUUUAUUUUUACAAUUUAAUUUGAUACUUAUUCUAAGUGCUUCACUACCACUUGGCAUCCUUCCCUCCUAAUAAUUUUAAAACUACACGCAUUUGUAAUCAGUAGUCAGAGUGUUUUUAUUUUGCUGUAAUGGUUAAAUGGUGAAAUUAUUUUAAAGAUUUUAUUGACAAAGUUAAAGUAUUGUGCUCGUAGGUCAUUUUCUCUUUGAUCGAUGAAGUUGUUCUCGCCUCGUUGUGCGAUAUCAGCAAUUGUAUUGUUUCCUUUGUUAUUUAACAUGUGCUUCGUGGCGUCGGUGUACGGAUUAACAAUCGACACUACCAGAAGCUAAUGCUAAAUUACGUGCUGGAUUAAUGUACGAAAAUGUCACAUUGCCGUAUGGCAUCUGGCAGUCACUUUUAAUGCAGGUAAGGUAAAAACGCCUCGGGUUCUCAUUUGACACCCCAAAAUCACAUAGCAAAUUUUCACAAAUUUGCUGUGGUACAAUCCCAAGAUACAGAAACUAUCUUGUACGUAUGCUGCCAAGUGAAUCGUCAACUCGUCAACCAUUCGACCACAGAAAUUUGAAUUCUACAUAAGCAAAUUUUCAACAAAUACAACGACGAGCAUGAUACGAGAAUACCUACGUGACAAAGGACUGCCUGACCCAAACUUAGUAAAGGUCAGCUGUCUCGUUCCUCGAAAUAAAGACAGAUCUAUGCUCACAUUUCUUUCUUUCAAGAUUGAUACCGAAAGUACCGCAGUUGCUGAUAGAAUCAAUGGACAUGGAUUCUGGCCGAACAACUGCAUCAUAAAGCCAUUUAUCCACAAAUCAGUCAUCGACUUAUCUCACGGCAGUCGCAUACACCCAAAUUUUCUCCUGCACCAGGGAGUCAAUCAAACGCCAAUAUAACAAUCAGCAAUCAACCUGUUCGAUCGCCUUUUGGUAACCGAUUUCUAUCAAUCUUUUACGAAAACAUUGAUGGAAUAUCCGACCGGAAAUGCCCACACCUGAUAGCUUCUUCAACAACAGCUGAUUACGACAUUAUUGUUUUCAUAGAGACAUGGCUCAAAUAUUACAUCAACGAUCUGGAAUACAUGAGUCACCGUUACAUUGUAUUCCGUAAAGAUCGAUCAUCAUCGACCAUUGAUGCGAUCCAAGGUGGCGGAGUACUGAUUGCUGUUCGGAAUAAUAUUCAAUGUGAGGAAGUUUCAUGUCCGGAAAUGAAUGAUUUGGAAGCGAUUUGCGUACGAAUCUCUUUGGCUACAGGCAGCUUGUUCCUAUACGCAUUAUACAUUCAACCGACUGCUGACAUCUCUAUUUAUAGAUCGCAUGUUGCUGCCAUAAAUGCAGUAAGGCGAAACAUAACAAGCUCAGAUACGUUCCAAGUUUUGGGUGACUUCAAUCUGUAUAAUGUUGAAUGGCAUGAAAACGACGAUGGAUUCGACUACAUUCCAGUCGUUGGUGAAUCUAUGUGUGCCAGAUCAAUUAUCGCUCGAGAAGUUUCGUCAACGAUGUCCGACCAAGGACUAUUUCAAAUGUCAUCAUUCGCUAAUGUCAGCGGCAACAUUCUUGACCUCAUAUACACCGACGCUCCCGAAUUGUGUGUGAUCAACCAAGCCGAAUUCAGAAUGCUUCCCGCCUCGAUGAGCGACGUUGAUCACAUUCCCCUCUCGUGUAUGAUUGAAUGCUGUCCCAUUGUUGAUCCAACUGUCUCCGAUGAGUCAGAUUCGGUGUUCUGUUUCAAGAAAGCGGACUAUGAUGCAAUAAACGCACAUUUAUCAGAUACUGUUAUACUCCAAGACUGUGCUCCGAACGUAAACGAAUCGGUAACCACUUUGUAUGCGAACAUCUAUGACACCUUCGAUAAGUUUGUUCCCCGUGCCACGAUCCGCUCAUCCAGCAAUCCGAAAUGGUACACCAAGCAGCUGCUACAUCUGAAAAAUGUUCGUAAUAAACAAUUCAAGAAACUAAGUGCAGAACGUAAACAUCAGCUAUCGAGUGGCAUCUCAACUGUCCUAGACGAUCGUGAAUUCCUGCAAGCGAAGGAUGACUACGAAGCGCUCAGAACAGAACUGCACAGUAAUUUCAUACGUGAAAAAUCCCACUGCAUUAAAACAGACCCAAAAUCGUUCUGGCGUCAUAUCAAUUCCAAACGUAAAUCGAACAGUCUACCAGCUAUCGUUGAACUGAACGGUAAAAAAGCAACUACGAAUGCCGAAAAAUCACAUAUAUUCGCCGAAUACUUCCAGAGUGUUUACGUUGAGCACCCGAAUGAUCCAUCGAUACUUGAUUUCAUCAAUGCACGAAAUGACAACAACUGUCACGACAUCGCGUCAACGCAAGAACUUGUGAAAUUCGUACUUAGUGGACUGGAUGUGAACAAAGGCAGCGGACACGAUGGAGUUUCAUCGCUCUUCCUACGUAAAUGUGCAAUCAAUCUGGCUGGCCCGUUAAACAUUAUCUUCAAUCAAUCAUUAACCGAAAAGCGUUACCCCGACGCAUUCAAAAUUGGUCAACUGACUCCCGUCUACAAAUCAGGUCGAAAAACUGACGUUACAAACUACAGAGGAGUGAACGUGAUGCCGAAUCUUGCCAAAGUGUUCGAACGAGUAGUUUUCAUGCAGAUGAAACUAGUAAUUCCUCAUGACAUCGAAUUAUCUCAACACGCAUUCAUUCCUGGUCGAAACAUUGAAUCAAAUUUAAUGGAACUUAGUGUCGUUGCCCACGAUGCCUUCGAUCAAAACGCACAGCUCGAUACAUUCAACGUCGACAUUAGCAAAGCUUUCGACAAGGUCGCUGCGAUGAAGCUUAUCCGCAAAAUGGCUAUGUUUCCGAUAUCGAAUUCGCUUUUGCUGUGGUUCAUUUCGUACCUGACCUCCAGAGUUCAAUAUGUGCUUAUUGGGAAAGACAGAUCAAAAACAUUCAUCGUCCUCUCUGGCGUUGGCCAAGGAUCUAUUUUGGGAGUUUUCUUGUUCCUGAUGUUCUUCAAUGACUCAGACGUGCGUAUGACUGGUAUUUUCUGCCUCAAUUUCGCCGAUGACAAAAAAAUUGCUUCAAUUAUCAAGUCGGAGAAGGAUGCACUCAACCUCCAAGCUGCCAUCAAUUUGUUUUUCAAAUGGUGCAGCGACAAUGGCAUGGAAAUCAACCGAGUCAAGUCCAAAAUUAUCACAUACACAUUGAAGACCAAGCCGAUAAUUUUUUACUACACGUUGGAUGGUCAAAUUAUUCAACGAACGAACAGCAUUUUCGAUCUUGGCGUCUUGACGAACACUAGAAUGAACUUCAACUCCCAUCACGAAUAUGUGAGCAAUAAAUCCAAAUCUGUGCUGAACUUCGUGAAACGACAACGACAAUUUCUCGACGACGAUGCCACCAAAAUAGUUUACAAAGCCUUAGUACGAUCGAAUUUAGAAUUCGCUGCCUGUAUCUGGUCACCACACUUUGCAACGCAUCGGAGAACGAUAGAGAGCACACAGAAACAAUUCGUUAUGUUCCUGAAUGGUGAUCAUCUUAACAGAUCUGACAAUGACUACGUACUGAGUCCAUAUGUUGAAAGAUGUGCUGGAUUAGAUCUACAAACGUUGAUCCGGCGCAGAACGAAUGCGUGCAUACUCUUCAUCCAUUCUCUGAUCACCGGAAAGAUUAACUCACCGACACUUCGUUCACGUAUUACACUGAACUCAAGAUCAACGAGACACAAUGGUAUGAUAUUCAUUCGAGCGUGUAGGACGAGUCGAUCGUUCAACUCCCCAUUCAACAACGCCUGUCGUAUGUUCAAUGCCGUUUCGAACAUUAUCGAUCCCACAUUACCACACAACCUCUUCCGCAAUGCCUUGUAUCGACUACCAGACUCCAACCUGACUAAUUUCUUACGAAUGUGAUAUGCUGACUGACACUUGUAAUUACUUUUAUGUGACGAUCUGUGAUAUUCGACUCUAUUCUGCUCUAUUCUAUUAAUUUAAUUAAUCUAUUUGUUAACUAAACGUGCUCUAUCGACGAUCAUUUAUGAUUCCUUAUGUUUGAUACGUUACACUUUUUACAAUUUUAUAUUUUACACUCUAAUAGUCCGCUUGUAUUAAGACGACUGAAAAUGAAUAAUAAAUGAAAUGAAAUGAAAUGAAAUGACCGCGAGGUUUAACAGAUCUAUUGAUUGAUACGUUGUAUGGGUGUCAAGGGAUAUGACGAACUACGACUUGUACAAAGAGACAACUCAUGGCCUAUAGUGAUUAGACAUUUGCUACUACUUAAAACUAAUAGCCGUAACCGUAACAAAGUCGGAAAUAUCAAGAAACCCAACAUUCGCUCUCUCCGUAAAAGAAACCGUAUCGACAUAAGGCCAAUAGUAGAAAGAGC